AUGAAGGAAGAAAACAAGCCCAAGCUCAUGUUCUGGCUCUGUGCCGUCCAGUUCGUCUUCUCGAUUCUGGUUCUGGGCAUGAACAUUCCCGCCCGCAUGUUCGUCCGCCAGCACGGUGGCCCCGACAAGCUCGUCGAGGGAGGCUACUGCCAGCUCCGCAAGAUUGGCGAUUCCGGCUUUGUUCUCCACCUGUGGUCGAUCGAUGUUGCUUGCUCUUCUGGCCUUGUCGGUGUUUUAGUCUUUCUAGCUCUGUUCAUCGUAAUCUGCCGCAUGGGCUGGACUCGACUCAUCCGCAAGAUCCGCAACCCGACCCACCUUACUAAGAAGGAACCCCACUUGAUGCGCCAUGUGCCGGCUAAGAUGGUUUUCCUGCAUCCUCGCGUGCUCAUCAGUGCCGGCCUCUGGACCAACCUGUUCGUUGCUGCUACUGCAUGCAUAUCCGUCUACGCUAGCUAUGGCAACUCCGAUCACUUGGAUCUGACCGGUAGCGGCCCCAGGUACCUGGGCGAAUUCGACAUCGAGGCCUACCUCUGCGAGCUUCUGCCAUGGAUGUUGAGCGAUCAGUCCGAAAUGGCCCUCAUGAUGGCCCGCGAACGCUGCGCGCUUGCAAGGUUCUCUCGAUGGUUGCUGCUUUUCUCCGCCAUCUUCAGCUUCUUCCAGUUCAUCAUAUGCGUUUGGGUUGUCGACAGCAUUUCUCGGCCCGUAAGCGCAGCACUUGAGAAGAAGAGGGCCCGCCAGCGGCGGGAGCAGCGUGCCAGAAGCCAUCCCGAACGCGCGAGGUCCAGCGCCCUUGAAAGUUUCCCGGACGUGGACCGUGUGGGUGGCAUGUUCUGA